AGAGGAAAAAGCUCUCUCUUUCUUUUUGAACCCUCGGCUCGUGCGUGUCGUCUAAAAUGGCCACUACCACCGGAAAGGACAUCGAAAAACCCGUCGCAGAAGCGACGACAGUGCACCGUAUCCGCAUCACGUUGACUUCCCGCAAUGUCCGCAGCUUGGAGAAGGUUUGCGCCGAUCUGAUCAGUGGCGCCAAGAAGCAGAAGUUGCGUGUCAAGGGCCCGGUUCGUAUGCCAACCAAGAUCCUGCGUAUCACUACCCGUAAGACACCUUGUGGUGAAGGAUCCAAAACAUGGGAUCGCUUCCAGAUGCGUCUACACAAACGCAUAAUCGAUCUGCACUCACCAUCGGAGAUCGUCAAACAAAUCACAUCGAUCAACAUCGAACCCGGUGUAGAAGUCGAGGUUACCAUUGCUGAUCCUUAGGUGCAAUCUUCCGAAAUGCAUGUUAUCAGGGAACGAUAGAGAGCAGUGAAACAGUGUUCGAAUGCUUGGCCUAGUUUUUAGGCCCACACUUCGCUGGUAUAAUAUCGUUUACAAAAACGAUAACUUUGUUGCUGUUUGUCUCUUAUCGUCUAUCGCUGGCAUUUUUAUAUAUAUUGAAAAGUAUAUAAGCGUAAAUCC